UUCGUUAACACUGUUUUUAUCUGUAUUCUAUUGUUACAUUAUUCCGAAUUAUUAUCAUCAUCCGACGCGCGUUUCACGUUUCAGUCUGUCGCCUGUUAUGUACCUGGUUGUGUGUUCGUUAUUCGUAAUAAUUUGCGCGAUUUCGGUUUGUUUUUUAAAAAUGAGUGCCAACAGUCAUAAUUAUAUCGGGAAAAAAAUCAGACCGUGGGAUGUAGAUAAAAUUUUGGAUCGUAAAAUCGUAGGCGGUCGAAUUCGCUAUUUAGUUAAAUGGAGGCGCACUUUUAACGAACUAAACACGUGGGAAAUCGCCGAAAGUUUCUCGGAUCCGUCCAUGAUCGCAAAUUUUGAAUUACAAUGGCACAGGAGAGUGCAAGCUCGUCGUUCUGUAGUUGUCCGCCAGUCAUUAGCAAGUACUUCCAGCAGAUCGUCGACAGCUUUACCCGUAGUCGAAAAUAAGUCCAGAACUGUCGAAGAAAGUAAAACCAAGGCUAAUAAAGUUGAGAAAUGUUCUACAGAAGCUAAAACCGUUAGUGAAAUAAGUGAAGAUAGCAAAACCGUUGCAAAUUUCAAAACCCUCAUGGAGACCGAAUUACAAUGUUGUAUUUGUUUCGAUAUCUAUAAACAUCCAUGUGUCACCGAAUGCGAGCAUAUAUUCUGCGAUAAAUGUCUCGAGACGUGGAAAAAUCAAAACCGAACGUGUCCUGUGUGCAGAACGGUAUUAACCAGAUCGGAGAAAAAACUAAUCAGACUGGAUAAUUUUAUAGAAAAAGUAACGGGCAUGUUACAAAAAGACGAUUAAAAUGUAAAUUAGAGUUUAGCUUUCAAUUGGUUUUUCAUAUGUCACUGAAUGUGAGCAUAUAUUCUGCGAUAAAUGUCUCGAAACGUGGAAAAAUCAAAACCGAACGUGUCCUGUGUGCAGAACGGUAUUAACCAGAUCAGAGAAAAGAAACUAAUCAGACUGGAUAAUUUUAUAUGUAGAAAAAGUAACAGGCAUUCUACAAAAAGACGAUUAAAAUGUAAAUUAAAGUUCAACUGUCAAUUAAUUUUUUAUACUCGAUUUGCCUGUGGUUAUUUUAAACACUGUGUGUAUUGCAUUAUUUAUUGUGUGUUCCUUUAGUAUAGCCUAUAGGUAUUAUUUGAUGAUUUUUAUGUUUGUGAUAAUAUUUUUAAACUUUUAGAAAUAAGUGAAAAAGAUUGAGUGAUUUUGUAAAAAUAUUUAAGGGUUUAAUUUUGAAUGAACGAAGUAAUUUACGAUUUUUUUGUGUUAAUUUUAUUUUGAUAGGUACUUUUGAAGUUGAUAAUAUACGUAUAACGAAAUGA